AUGCCCUCAAUUCUCAGCGAUGCCGAUAAGGAAACCGUCAAGCGGAAUGUACCCAAACCCGCCAACAAGAUCCUCGCCGUAGCUGUCGCGCGACUCUACGUUGCCUACCCAGAUCCCCAGAAAUGGACUUACACGGGCGUGCAAGGAGCAGCUGUGGUCUGCAACGACCUCGUCGGAAGGACCUUUUGGCUGAAAAUUGUUGACGUUUCGCCUAGUGGAAAGGGUGUGAUUUGGGACCAGGAACUCUUCGACAACUUCCACUAUAACCAAGACCGAACCUUCUUCCAUACAUUCGAACUCGAGGACUGUUCCGCUGGUCUGUCUUUCGCCGACGAGAAGGAGGCCAAGACCUUCAUCAAGAAGAUGCAGGAGCGUGAGAAGCACGCGAGCAAAGAGACCUCCAAAACUCCUUUCGCGUCAAGCCGGGGGCAAGGUCCUGCCCCGAUUGCCAAUGGCAAAGGUCUCGGCCGGUCUAUCUUUGGUAGCUUGUUGCAUCGCUCGAGCCAUGCUCCGGCUGCUGCUGCUGCUGCUGCACCACCACCUCCUCCGGCCAUUGCACCGUCAUUACCAGUCGCGCCCCCUCCUACGCAACCCCCGAUCGCCCCAGCGGCCAAGGCUGAUUUGCCUUUUGAUAUAAACGAUCCCUCGCAAAAGGGCCUCUUCGACGAGCUCCAGCAAAUGGGUAUUACAAGAGACCAGAUGGCGGAGCAUGCCGACUUUAUCAAGUCGUGGAUUGCUGGAAAGCAAGCCAAUGAGGCAACUGAGCCUCUGGCCUCCGCUGGAAGAGCGCCUCCACCACCACCUCCUGCGGCACCCAAGGCAAAUGCAAUCAGUCCUCAAGGCACAGGUAGCUCCGGAAGCCGACGCGGCCCUCCACCGCCACCUCCUGCUCGUAAAGGUCGCGCCGACACGGCGGAGGAACCAGCGUCUCCUCCGCCUCGUGAGCCAUCUCCGCCACCUCGACGAUUCGCUGCGCCCCCUCCGAUUGCAGAUGCUGGCAAAUUCGCCGAGCCGGCCGGUCCAGCACACCCGAGGCGCCCACGAGCUGUCUCCAGUGCUGCACCGGGACCGCCUCCACCUCCGCGCCCCCCGAAGACUCCAAUGGAGGAUUCACAGCCCAGCCAGAACCGAUUUGGAGUGCCUCCGCCUUUCACGGGGGAUCGUCAUGUCUCAGGACCGCCUGCACCCCCCAGUCGCAGCCCUGUUCCUCCAGGUCCUCCACCUCCACCUCCUCGUGCGGCUAGUCCGGCAUCUCAUCCACCGCAACUGCCACCCAAGGUUCCGAAUUCAAGCAUUCCACCGGGCCCACCACCUCCCCCACCCGCGAGAGGACCUGCAUCCCCGCCACCACCAGCUCCUCGGCCUGUACCAAGCCCUAUCGCAGCAGCACGGCCACCUCCGCCUCCCAGAGGACCUGCCUCUCCCCCACUUCCACCAGGCUCCGGAGCUCAUGCAGCUGUCUCCCCUCCACUUCCACCGGGUCGUGGUAGCCCUUCAGUACCGCCUCCGCCCCCUCCUGCACCUGGUUCUGGUGCACCUGGGGGCCCCCCGCCUCCACCCCCUGGUCGUCCUGCAGUGUCAGUCCCGCCGCCUCCGCCGCCUCCUGGUUCUGGAGCACCAGGUGGUCCUCCGCCUCCACCUCCGCCAGGAGGCUCAUCGGGAGGACCUCCCCCCCCACCGCCACCAGGGGGCUCAUCUGGAGGACCUCCCCCCCAACCGCCACCAGGGGGCUCAUCUGGAGGACCUCCUCCCCCACCGCUACCCAGCACGGGUGGUGGACGCGACAAUCUCAUGGCGGCCAUUCGGGCCUCUGGUGGCCAAGGCGGAGGAGGUUUGCGCAAAGUCAGGGACUCCGAUAAGAAAGAUCGCAGUGGUGCCAUGGUGCCUGGGGGCGCCGAGGAAGCCUCAGCUGCAGCAUCUAGCUCAGGAGGUGCUCCACAGGGCGGAUUGGCUGGCGCACUUCAGGAUGCUUUGAAGAAGAGAAAGCAGAAGGUCAGCGGUAGUGAUGACGAGAAGUCCGAUGAUGACGAUUGGUGA